CUCUCUCUCCUUUCCAUUCCUUUUUAUUAUUAUGCUUUGUAACACACAAGAUGCGCAGGACGCACCUCAAAAGAAAAAGUCAUUCAUUCAUCCUCACGAUCCUUACGUAGAACAAGAAUAUGAAGCACUCAUUCGAGCAUGGAAAAAUCAACUUAUUGAACAUACGCCUUCUUCUCAUAACAACGAUUACAUUCGAUUUGCCUGGUUGCGACUCAUGGAUCAUUAUCUCGAUCAACAAUGGCUAGACUCUAAGCAAAUGCUUCAGUGUGCACAAGCAUGGAGUGCUCGUGAUUCGCUUAGCCUGACAGAAGCAGUACACACAAUGAACAUCUUGAGCCUUAAAUUGAUGCAGCGAUCUUUGAAUGCACGUCAGGAAAUGUUACAGGCUUUAGGCGAUCCUGGCUUCAUGGUGAGUUUUGGUAUGCCUUCGAAUGAACGGUUCUCUCUGUCUGGUACAGAAGAAGAUGAAGAUGAAGAUGAAGAAGUACAUGCUCCCUUGUUAAUGAAACAUCAAAUGCAUUCUACCGCUGAACAAGACCAAGAUGAAGCCAUUGUGACUACCCCCAUUGUUCCUGAAUCCACAGUAGAGAACGAAACAUUGAGAGCUCGUCGUAUGACCUUGUUACUUGAACAGCCUUUGCAUUUGUCUGCUACCAGAAGAUCCCGUAUUGGCUCCUCUAGCUCAACUCCUGAUAUGCCCACUAGUCAGAAAGAGAUGGUUCACAGGUUGAAUAGAAAAUAUGAAAGCUAUUAUCAACAAUUAUAUCAUUCAACACCCCAUCUUUGGAAAGGAGACAAUCAACAACAAGAAUUCUCUGAUGCAAGUAGUGUUUUUACUUCUGUUCAUAGUGAAACAAGUUCUCCUAUUUUGCCCAGUGGUGCUCAAUGGAAGAGUUGGUUCUUAGGUAAUGAUACACGUCCACCACCCCCUUUGGCACCCUCUUUAUCAUCUCCGCCUAUUGUUGUUGUUUCAAGAGACAAGCAAGAAGAAGAAGAGCAGCCUACUGUUUUUGCGAAUGAAAAAGUGCAGACAGAUGAUUCUUUUGCUAACAUGUACUCUCGCGAAUCAAAAAAGGUAUCCAAGCAACCUUUUUUGAUGGCACGAAGUGAAUCAAGCAUUACAGCUUUUCGACCUAUCAGUAAUAACCUGGCUCCUCGUUGUCAACCUUUCUCAAACUAUUAUUCUUCCAGCAACAACAGUGUACCUGAGGCAUCCUAUAGUACCAGCGCCAUUCAAAACGAUAAGAUAAAGAUCACGAAAAGUAAGUCCUUUCCUAGUAAACCUACUUUUACUUCUAAAAUCCCUACUCGUUCCUCACCACCACCACUCCCUCCUCAUAAGGAUCAACCACAACGUAAUCACUUUAUUGUUCGUGUCAGAAAGAAGGUCUCCUUGUCAAAGUUAUUUAACAGCAAAAAGCCUUCUUCUUCUAGUUCUAGUUCUUCUCGUUAAUAAUAAACUCGUAUUUAUGCUCUUCUUUUCAUCAAUGCAAGGUAUUGAUUGGCUAGGCCUUUUAUUUCUU